GGGACGGUGCUGAGGGGCAGUGAAGUGACUCGGGGGUGAAGGGAAUGCGCGAGGGGAUGGAGAGAGCCCAAGAGCGGCCUGUGGCCUAAGGCUCCAGCCCCUUGGCAAAGGCAGGCCGUGAGCAACCAACUGACGGGAAGUCUCAAAGGAGCCAUGAGGUGAAUGCACACGCUGGGUGCCGGAUGCACAGGAAGCCAUGGUGGGAACGAGCACACAAACGUACCAAGCCGGGCGGAUCGUCCCCCGGCCUCCCUGUAUGUGAGAGACGGGGCCGGCGUCUCGGACGGAGCCGGGCCGCGGGAGGGCUGAGCCGGGAGCCGCCGCGGGAGGAGCGGAGGCUUCGGGGAGCGCUUCCUUCCCACCGCCCGCACCGCCGUGCGCGGCAGCCCCAGCAUGGAAGCCAUCGCCAAGUACGACUUCAAAGCCACCGCGGAUGACGAGCUGAGCUUCAAACGGGGGGAUAUCCUUAAGGUUUUGAAUGAAGAAUGCGAUCAGAAUUGGUACAAGGCAGAACUCAAUGGAAAAGACGGCUUCAUUCCCAAGAACUACAUAGAAAUGAAACCACAUCCGUGGUUUUUUGGAAAGAUUCCCCGAGCAAAGGCUGAAGAGAUGUUAGGCAAACAGAGACACGAUGGUGCCUUCCUCAUCAGGGAGAGUGAGAGCGCUCCUGGGGACUUCUCCCUCUCAGUCAAGUUUGGAAAUGAUGUGCAGCACUUCAAGGUGCUUAGAGAUGGAGCUGGCAAGUAUUUCCUCUGGGUGGUGAAGUUCAAUUCUUUGAACGAGCUGGUAGAUUAUCACAGAUCCACAUCUGUCUCCAGGAACCAGCAAAUAUUUCUCCGGGACAUUGAACAGGUGCCACAGCAACCAACAUACGUUCAGGCCCUGUUUGAUUUUGAUCCCCAGGAGGAAGGAGAGCUGGGCUUCCGUCGCGGAGACUUUAUCCAAGUCCUUGACAAUUCUGACCCCAACUGGUGGAAGGGAGCCUGCCACGGACAGACGGGCAUGUUUCCACGCAACUAUGUGACCCCAGUGAACCGGAACAUCUAGAGAUAAAUAUUAGAGAUUAUUUAAAGAAACCAGAGAAACAGUAAAUACACAUACAGAGCCUAACUGCAGCCAGUGACCUAAAAUCACACGGCGAUAAAACCUGAGUCACCUUUCACCGUGAGGUGAUCCUCCUUCACUCAGUACGGAACUUCAGGG